AUGGUCAAGAAGACAGGAAGCAAGAAACUUUCCACGAGAACAAGAAGUAACGUCAGAUGUACCAGACUGGGAGGCAUCUGCCAGUCCAACCGAUACAUCUGCCAAGGCCGAUACCUAAAAGACAAGUGUUCGGGGCCCAAGACGCAGCAGUGUUGUAUGCCAGUUGGAGCCUGGAGUAUCCUUUGUGCCGGUCACCACAACAACAGAGUGAGGGCGUGUGACGUGCAUGGCUGUGGAGCUUUCAACUCUAGAAGAGGUAAUGACCUACAUAAAGCAGUGGACCUGGUGUGUGAUGACUAUGGUAUUGUCAACACUCCAUUCUCAGGCUCUCUGGCGGGUCCAGUGAGUCGGAAAGACCCCGCUGGGAAUCAGUAUGAUGGGGUGAAACUUCUCAGUGAUGUGCACUGUGUGAAGAUCUUCAACAUCCGUCCUUAUCGUUACAUCGGGCCGGUAACUCAGGGAGAAGUCUUGGGUUAUCUGUUACCACUGCAGGAACGCUUCUCUGGCAUCACAUCACACCUGGAGCUGCAAAUGUGUGACGGCACUGACCCUUCACCUUUCAUAUGA